AAAACAACUUGUCUGGAUAAGCAGCGCGUCAUAGGUCCUUGUUGACCUUUCAAGACACACCAUCAUGUCUAAAGCUGAGAGGGAUGAAACGAUUAACAUCCUGGCAUCCAGGUUAUUCUCGGCUCUACUUGAUGACCUAACCAUGGACAUAGCGCUGCGCGCACAUCAUGAGGUUGCAAAGAGCAGGGCAGUAUGUGCUGUAUGUAAUACACGCUGUGGCAUGGCUCACCCCAAUGGCACGAGCGUGCAACCGUCCCAAGAUCCCGCAAGCGGAAGUCACGAACUUUCGGUGAAGGAGGAAAGCGGCUCAAAUGCUGGAACUAGCGUGUCCGCGGAUGAUAUUGGUAACUUCGAAUGCUUGGUAUGUAAACGGAAGGUAGCAGCGAGCAGAUACGCUCCUCAUCUUAGCAAGUGCAUGGGCCUUGGCCGGAGGGCAACAGCCGCCCGUGGGGCGGUGGGCGUUAAAACCAAAGCAAUGGAACCUGGGCGCUCCGCAUCCCCCUUUUUAGGCUCAGAUGCGGGUGUGGCAUCAGAUGACACCUCAGUAAAUGGCAAAGGCAAAGGGAAGUCAAAGAGCAAACGUGCCGACGAGGCUGAGUAUAAUUUGAAACGAAAACAACCAAGUUCACCUCAAAUCUCGCCUGCCAAGAAGCAAAAGAAGCAGAAGACGACGGGCUCACCGGUAUCCCGAGUAAAAGAAGCAGAAGGUAUAUCACCCACCAAGGCAGCUCCCGGUGCGUGUCGUUCCCAGCCCGAGGUGCCCUCGGAGCUUCGCUCGUCCUCUGUUACGGAGCUCGACUGUCCCUCGCCUGCUUUGACCACACCUUUCACUAACACACUAGCGACAGCCGCUGCACCUCCACCUCCGAAGCCCACUGCCACCGGCACGGGGCCCCCCAAGCGUGGUAGACCCAAAGGCGUCAAAACUGGCCAAGGAAAGGCCGCUCUGGCGGCCGCUGCAGCAGCAGCAGCAUCUGCGCCGCCACCACCACCACCACCAAAGCGUGUCAGUCCGCCACGCCCGCCACCGCCGGCGCGUAUUGAGCCCAACUAUCUUAUGGAUAAUGGAGAGGGCGAAGAGACAGGGUCAUCUACAGAUACUGACAGUAAUUAGUUCACCUAUCUAUAUUACCUCACCUGCUUUCGCUUUGCUUUGUGGUCGUAUUUAUUUGUCCCCUUAUGGCUAUCGCACAUAUGUAAAUC